AUGGUCAAGACAAUUCCCUUCGGUGAUAUCCAAGUCCCAUCACCCGGUUUCGGUGCGAUGGGCCUGAGCUUCGGCCUGGGAAGUAAUUUGAGUCUUGAGGAGGCUGAACCCGUCUUGUUGAAGGCGCUUGAGCUUGGAUGUACCUUCUGGGAUACUGCUGUUAUCUAUCAAGCAGGCGUGAAUGAGAAGCUCCUCGGUGAUUUCAUCCGGAAGCACAACGUUCGCGACAAGAUCUUCAUUGCCUCGAAAUGUGGCUUUGUCGCCUUUGGUGACCGAUCAGUCACCAACUCCCCCUCGCAUAUCAAGGAGUAUAUCGAAGGCACGAUUGAGCGCCUCGGUUUCACUCCUGAUUUGUAUUACCUUCACAGAAUCGAUCCCAAUACCCCUCUCGAGGAGUCCAUCCCUGCCCUUGAUGAGAUCCGCCAGGCCGGCAAGACCAAGUACAUUGGUCUUUCGGAGUGCUCUGCAGCGACAUUGCGCAAGGCUAAUUUCAUUGCCAAGAUCGACGCCCUCCAGGCAGAAUACUCUGCCUUCGAAACCGUACACGAAACAGAUGGCUUGAUCGACACAGCAAAGGAGUUGGGUAUCGCCUACGUCGCUUAUAGCCCUCUAGGACACGGCUGGCUCGUGGAUAACUUUGACUACAAGACUCCCGAUGACUUUGCCCCGGAUGAUUUCCGCCGCCUAUCACCGAAAUUCCAAGGCGAUAAUUUCUUCAAGAACAAGGCUAUUGUCGAUGAGAUCAAGAAACUUGCUGUUCGUAAGGGUUGCAGUAUCAGUCAGAUUGCUCUCGCUUGGGUUGCGGCCCAGGGUAUGAUUGCUAUCCCUGGUACGACUAAGGUGAAGAGAUUGGAGGAGAACUGGGCAUCUAGGGAUAUUGAAUUGACGGAGGAAGAGAAGGAAGAGUUCCGCAGGAUUAUUGAUGCUGCUAAGCCCCAUGGUAACAGAUACGGUGCUGCGCAUCAGGCUAUGGUUGGUCACUAG